AGUUAAAGGCAAACCCUGAAGAGAUCGCUGGUUUUCAGCUGGGCACCUGUACCAUGGAGCCGUCUACUCUUCAUCUUCCUUCCUCCGGCCACCACCACCUUCAACAUUUCCUCCACUACCACAACCAACGAACCACCACCGCCAACUAACUCACUACUCUUAUCUAAACAGUUUUGUGACAGUUCUCGACGAAGGAUCUACUAGAUUUGAUUAUGUUCUAAAGUGGAUUACUCAAAAGAAGAUUAAAAAGCCCUUCCGGGCGGACCGUCCCGGUGCAGAGGACUCAGCUACCAAACCUGGUGGAGUUACCAUACUAAGAAGGCACUUAUCAAGACUGUCUUAACAACAGCCAAAUGAGAGAUUUUUGUUUUAAGUGAGAAUCAGAGAUAUGCCAAUGAAGAAUGGGGAAUUCUGGUUCUGGGCAGGGUAUAGUUGACGAUUCCAUUCCCUCUCCAAUAGUGGGAGGAGGGCCAGGAAGAAACAAAUCCAAAGUACUACCAGAUCUAACUCCUGCCCUUAGAUUGCGGCAAACGGACAACGGUGCUAUUUUGCACAAUGGAGGGACCAUAUCUACAAGAAAACAAGAGAGGCAGAAACAGUCUUUCGAUAACAAUCACCAUAUAGAAAUUAAAAGAGAUUUUUAUGGAAGUGAACCCGAUUUGAGGUACCAAGGAAGGUUGGCAAAUUUUAAUAAUGACAGCCCCUCAAAAAUCCGAAUUUCAAGAUCACGGAAGAAAUAUAAAGCACCUACAGUACCAAACAACAACAACAACAUCCCUGGUGACAGCUCAUCGCCAGAUUCGUUUCAAGAAUGGGAGAAUUCAAUGAAUGGCCAACCUUCUAGAAGACUAAGACUUUUUAAAACAAGAGCAGAAACAAGGAAAAAAAUCGCCGAGCAUAAUCUUCACUCUUUAAAUAGCUACUUGCCAGCAGCUGGAACAUUGCAAAGGAGUUUAUCUACGCCCCAAUUUCAUGCUGAGUUGUUGGAAGCUGCUGAAAAACUGAAACCUGUCCGAGAGCCUCCAGUUGGCAAAACAAAUGAGAGUCCUUCGACUUCGCCAGUGGGCGGAUACCAAUCUUUGGACAGUGGAAGAGAAAGAUUUUCCUAUGGGAGAACUUACGAAAAUACUGGACCACAGUAUGCAAGUCCUUUCCCGCAAGGAAGGAAUCAAAAAGCAAAACAUGAAAUUUGCAAUGAAAGAGAUUCUCCAUCUCAAGAAUUGUGGAACAAUCCACCCACGAAACCUCAAGCCCCGGUGAAAACGUUUUAUUUUGGUAUGAAUGAAAAUGGAGAAAUAAACGAAAGUUCUGCUUUGGAUAAGUUUGCUGAGAAAAUUCACCAUUUGUCUCAAUUGCCAAUGGAUUCCAACAGUUCUCAAUGUUCUGCAGAAAUAUUUGAAGAAAUAAUGUCAAACGAGAAUAAUGGAGGAAUUUCUGUUCAAUUGAGAGCUACUUUACCAAGAAAACAAUUGGAUAUUCCUCGAUUUUCACCAACAACUGCCUGGAGAUUACUGUCCAACAUAGAUUCACCAGCUCCUAGUGAAGAAGACGAUCUGGUUCAAUUCGAGCAUAGAUUACUAGCUCCUCCACUACCUGUUCAUGUUCCAGUACAGAUGGAUAAAUCUGCCGACUCUGGAAUUUCUGGCGAUGCUAGUCCUCAACACCAUGAUUCGAUUCAUAACUCUCAAGCAGCAUGGACACCGCAGCAAGAUUUGGAAGAAACAAGUUCAGAUGGGGGAUUUCCAUGUCAGCCAAUAUCUCCUGAUCAAUGUUCAACAGCUAAAUAUUCGCCAAGGUUUACCCUUUCAUUACCAAGGGAUGACAGGAUAAAAUUAUAUGGCAACAAUGACAAGGGAGAUGAAGUAGGUCAAUCCUCGAUUGAUAAUAAAAAAAUGAGACGUUCUGGUUCAGGAGUGUUUGGGAAAGUUGGUUUGGAAAAGGAGGAAAAUAUAGUUGAGCAAGCACCAUUAUUAGACAGUAACUGGGUAUUGAGUCGAAGUGUACCGAAUUCGUUGAAUUAUACAAAUGUGAGUCUAUCACGAUGGAAUGACAAUCCCAACAUUGCUGAUGUUGAGGAAGAGUUAACAUCGUCCUUGAUCAAACAACCAUCGUUUUCAUACCUUCAAACUGGUGGGCACAUCAUGUAUCUCCCUGAGUACACUAAACCAAGAGAACCUUGUGAGCCAAGUGAUUUUCAAGUUAUGUCACAUCAAACAAUGUCGAAAUCAUGCGAAGAUCUCAGUAGGGGAAUAAGUGAUGAACCAGCCUCAUUGAAUACAUCUGAAUCAUUAGAGCCUCCAAAAAUUAAAAAAGGCAAGAAAUUCACAUUUCAAAGUACGGUGCGACAAAUCGAACGUAAACGCCUUGCAGAAAAACUUUCAAAACAGGUUGAACACAAAGAAAAAGAAAGAAAAAGUGAGUUAGAAGCAAUGAGGAAAGUUGAAGAAGAGUUUCAACGGAAGAGAGAAAGAGAAAAAGCCGAUAUUAGGCAACAAUUAAGAUUAUAUACAAUCUCGCAAAAUAGUAAAAAUAAUACAUCUACCGAUCUACCUACAACUCAAGUACUCUCAGAAUUCCGUCAGCAGCAAAGGGAAUAUAAAGAAUAUAGACCUCAGAGGCGGUCAUUAAGCGAGAUGGAGAGUAUGCUCAACAAUGAACCAAAUACAAAAAGAGCAACAGUUCAUCCUAAAAUAGUUUGCCAAAUACCAAAAAGUACACAAGUUUAUGUUACGCCGAGGAUAUCAGGACAAACAGGAUCAGCAAAUCUGGACUGCACUGAACAAGUCGUCGCACAGACACCAACUUCAGACAAUUAUAGGAAGAAUUUUGCUCAAGGCGGUUUGCCCAAUUCAUUGACAAGUACAGAGUCAGAAAUAUCGGCUGGACAUUCUUCUCGAACUCGAGACAUUAUGUCUUCUAGGCAAAAAGAGAGCAGAUAUGCAAUGGAGGAAGAAGAAAGUAUUAUUAGUUUAGAAAGACCCAAGAUUUCACUUGGAAUAACAGAGACUAAGACAAUUAUAAUAGCUCAAGAAAAAAAAACACCAGGAAUUUUCCGAAAAGAUGUCGAAGAAUCGUUUCAAUUUGAACAGCAGGAUCAACAGGUGCCAUCAAAUGUUCCUUUGCUCGGAGUAAGUGCCCUACAACCAUUUGUUAAGGGCAAAACGUAUAAACCAAUAUCAUUUAACCCAAGUAGGAAUCAAGUUGCUCAAUUUGCAAAUUAAAUUAAAAUUGUAAAUAAUUUAUAUCUAAAGCUUGUUUUUUGUUUUUAUUUUGUAUCAUAUGUUGGUUUUGUAAACUAAAAUUUUAUAAUAAAAGUACUAACAGAAAUGUUUAAUACUA